AUGGCGGCCAGGCCGCGCUCGCUUGACAUACGGGAGCCGCAGAUCGUCGUGAACUUCCCUCUGGAUGCCUUGCCGUGGCAUCAUCGGGUUCUCCUGCACGCCAUGGGCGACGGGCGCUGGAUGUGCUUGACGCCAGAUAUGGAGAUCACGCAGCACAACUUGAACGAGCUGCGCCACUAUGUCCUCGAUCGGAAUGCGCAGUUCCCUCGGUGGGUGCUGGCUGGGCUCUAUGCUUUCGACCCCAUCGACCACGGGGAGCUGCUUGAGCUGAAGCGCCAAGCCCGGCAGCGCGCGGCGCUGCUGGGGGCUGGCGACGCCGAGGAUGAGGCGGACCUCGCUUGGGUGCUCGCCGAGCCGCGGGACGCGAGGUUCGGCGAGGUGGUGCCUGCUGACGUGGUGGAGGACCCGAAUCGUUGUGCCCAUCUGCGAAGGAAGGGCAUCGUGAUGCUGGACGGGCAGGAGCGGAUGAUCGAGCUGAUCACCCGCGACGAGAGGGAUGACUGGAUGAAGGAGCGCAAAGAGAGCUGCGUCGACAUCCGCCUGAACGGCGACCAGCGGUCGAAGAUCGGCCGCAGGGACGUGGACUUCCGUGACGCCGUGGAGCAGAUGGAGGAGGUGGAGCUCGCCGACUACACCGACUUAGGGCCGCGCGCGAUGGGCGAGUUCGUCACGUCGGUGGCCGUCGGCAGCGGGAACCUCACGAGCUACCAGGCCGAGUGGGAGCGCAUGAGCGGGGUCUUCUCAGGGGGUGCCCAAUGCCACGAGCACCGUUCGCUCCUGGAGAUUGCCCGCCGUGCGAUCUGCAUGGACCAGCUCAAUGUGAAGAACCUCCACUGCAUGGAGGCACUGGCCAGGCGGGUCAUCCAGAUCGAGAUGGCAGUACAGCGCAAUCCACGGCAUCCAGACUUUUCCGGUCUCGAGGAUGCCGUCGGCGGGCCCACAGGUGCAUCGGGCUCUGCCGCCGCCCCGAGAUACACAGAGUUUGUGGUGGCCCGCCAGAAGGACCGCGCCAAUAUAUUGAAGCAGAUGAGCAGGGCUCUGCCGCGCCUGAAGACGGUGGGCGCCCUCGACGUGGCCAUCAACGCGAGGCCGUCUGGCGCCCCCCGCUCCACUGUGCGACGGUGGAGAGUCAGGACUGAGAGGCAACGGCGAGUAUCCGAAGCGGUUGACAUGCUCAACUACCUUGCCGCCUCACGUGUGAAUUCAGGAUGCGACAAAGCUCGACGAGUUAGGCCGUACGGGGGAGCUCCCACAGCAGUGCAGCGCAGCGUGCUGGAGUCAGUCCAGGAGCGGAUCGACUUCUACGGGAACCCCUCGAGCGAAGCGGUGGACGGCGAGAGGUCCCUCCGGGAGAUCCUCAGAUCCACUGACCAGUAUGAACUGGAGCCGCAGCAUUUGGCGAGCUACGACGUCUCGCGCCUUAGGGUGCGCAAAGGGGACAUCAACCCAGUUCCCGUGACGGACUUGCUACCUGCCGAGGCUGCAGGUUUUUUGAGACACUUCCAGAGCCAGAUCGAGCUCUCAGAACCCGAGAUCGCCGAGCGUGUCCGAGAGGCUGGGGGGAUGCCCGAGCCGUACUGGGACCCUCGGCUUCGCGGUGAUGCUGAGCUCCGUCGUGACUUUUUUCGCCGACUUGCCAAGAUCGGCAUCGUGGGUUUCAGGCGGGCCAUCAAGUCCCGCUGCGGCGCUUUUUUCGUUCAUAAGAAGUACGGCAACAUCAGGUUUAGCUGCGACGCGAGGGCGACGAACAUGUGCCAUCGUCUCCCUCCUCGGACGGUCUUGGGAGGUGCAGCCUGCCUUUCGGAGAUCGACCUCAGCAGCUACGCUACGGCUCUGGGAGGCUUUGGUGGCGUCUGCGAGCCACGCUUCUCGGGAGCCGACGUCAAGGAUUGUUUUUACCAGCUCGCCAACGAGGAGAUGGGCAGCUGGUUCGGGUUCGACUCCGCGCUGACCAUCGAGGACUGGGACAUGGGCAUCACGCGCGUGUGGGGCGACGAGGUGGGAGACUGGACUCCUGCCCGAGCAGGCGAGCUCCUGUUCCCCUGCCUCCGUGUUUUACCGAUGGGUUGGGCCUGGGCGCUGUACUUCGCCCAGGAAGCUGUCACUCAGCAGGUUCGACGCUCUGCUGCUGAUGGAGAUCGGCAGCUCCUUCGAGACAAGCGUCCUGCGCCCCUCCUGCGCCCUGGGCGGCCUCUGGCCGCCGUGUACGUGGACAACUUCACGGGGGUGGGGGGCUCGGCCGUCGACGCCGAGCACGGGGUGCGGGCCUUCGAGGAGCGGGCUGCCGAGGCGGGGCUGGCCCUGCACGCCGCGGACGUGGCGGUGGAGGAGCUGGAGAGUUUGGGCCUGGUGCUGUGCGGGACCGACCGCCGCGUGCGCCAGAAGCCCAAGCGGGUCUGGCGCUUCUACUUCGCCACCAAGGCCUUGCUGAAGCGGGGCCACGCGACGGGGGCCGAGCUCCGCGUCUGGGCGGGGCACGCCGUGGCCCUCUUGGGGCUGCAGCCCUGCUUGCUGUCCAUCCUGCAGGGCGUGUACCACUUCAUCGGCGACGGCAGUCGGCGGCGGGCAGCGUUUCCCGCGGCGGUCCGCGGGGAGCCCCGCAUGGCCGCCAUCGCCUGUUUCUUGACCGAGGUCGAUCUGAGUGCGCCCCUCGCCGACGAGGUCCACGUUUCGGAUUCGUCGUCCUCCGGCUUCUGCCUGAUGUACGGACAGAAGCCGCUUCGUGCUGUCUGGGAUGCAUAUCGCUGGCGAGAGCGUUGGCGAUUCGUGGAGGUGGAGGCCGACAGGAGUUCGGACGCCUACACGGCGGCGUACCUCAACCAGCUCCGGGGCGUCACCGACGGCUUCGGGGCCACGCUGGACGAGGGGGCCCCCAAGCAUGCAGACGCCCGAGUUCGAGGCGGUCAGCCGGCAGGAGCCUGGCGCGAGACCGAGCUGGGGAAGCUCCUGUUUCGCCGAGCUGCUGUCGGCCGCGGUGCGCCGCGGCGCUGGGCUAGCCGCCCCGGUCUGACCCAGGAGGUGGAGUUGCUCAACGUCGCGCCCGCUCUGCCGACCGCCCUCACCAGCAGCCUCGGGUGGACUACCGCCGUAGAGGGUCGUUGGAAGUAUGACGAGCACAUCAACGUGAAGGAGGGCCGGAUCUGCGUGGCCGGCCUGAGGCGCUUUUGCCGGACACGCGCCCACCACGGGCACCGUGCUCUCAGCCUUUGCGACAACCUUGUCUGCUGCUGCUGCUUUGACAAAGGCAGGGCCCGAUCACACGUUCUGAAUUCGUUGUGCCGAAAGGCGGCCGCCUAUAGCGUGGGCUGCCGAGUUCGGUGGCGGGUCAGGCACGUCCCGACAGACUUGAAUGUGGCCGACGAGGGGUCGAGGAGGGGCCAGGCCCGCGACCCUGAGUGGCUGCUGCAGAAGAAGAGGGAGCGACAGCCUGUUGCCCCUUGGUUGCCGUCCGCGAGCUUGUUCGCAGGCGCGGCGGGGUUGACCGCCGCCGUGCGACGUGCUGGGCUGCGGACAGCGGCCCCGUUUGACAUCAAGAAGGGUGCCGAUGGCACGCUGCCUUGGCGGCACUGGUUCGGCCUGGCCGUCGUCUUCGUGCUGGGCGUGACGUUCCCGGUGCUGACGAAGCAGCCAGCCACCGACUACCUCACGCGCCACGGCGUCCUCUUCGGCAGGACGGGGGCCGCCGAGAGGGCCCGGCUCAGGAAGCGCGGGGAGGCUCUCGACCUCCCAGCCAAGGCCGCCAGCCGGCGUCGUCGGGCUGAGGGCAGUGGGCGUUCGCGGGCGCAGUUCAUGAGGGAGCUGUCCGUCGCAGAGUCCACUCGGAGGCUGUACACGGCGGCGCUGGAGGACUUCGAGGCGUGGUGCGUCGGGGUCGGUCGCCAGACCAACAAUGCAAAGGACGCUGACGAGAAUAUGGUGCACUGGUUUACUCAGAUGUUCUUCGAUGGCAUGGGUCCUGGGACGGGCCGCAACGGCCUGUUCGGCUGGAUCUUGCUGCGAGGAGAGCCUUUUCAGGACGGACGUCAGUUGCUCCCACGGGCUCGGAGGCAGUUGAAGGCUUGGGAGCGGACAGAUCCCGGGCUUGUUGGCCUACCCUAUCCGCUCAUACUGAUCUGGGCCAUCGCGCUGGACCUGCUGAAUCACGGGCUGGUGCGCAUGGCCGCCUGCGCGGUGCUUCAGACCGAUUUGCACUCGAGGCCUUCGGAGACCCUGGAGCUCUCAGAGGCCGACAUUCUCCGUAGCCAGCCCGCGGCGGGCCGUGCAUUUGCCGGCCGCUGGGCAGUGGUCUUCGCGCCGUCCGAAUCCGGGCGGAGGACCAAGACUGGCCAGACGGAUGACACCGUCGAUGUCGGGGUGUGUGGCCGUGAGUGGGUCAGAGACGUCGUGGCCGCGCUCAAAGACUCAGUCCAAGUCGGUGAGCGCGUGUUCGAUUUUGAUCUUGCCACCUAUGAGAGAGAGUUCAAAGCCUCCCUGGUGAGGUUGAAGCUACAG